UCGUCUCUGCUGCCACGUCACCAUUGGUGGCGUCAGCGCGGUAGGCGGGGGGAAGGCAGCAAAAGAUGGCGACCUCUAUCCGGGAAAAACAGACGGUUGCUUUAAAGCGUAUGUUGAAUUUUAAUGUUCCUGUUGUAAAGAGCAGCACAGGCGAACCAGUAUGGAAGGUCCUUAUUUACGAUCGCUUUGGCCAAGACAUUAUCUCACCUCUGCUCUCUGUGAAGGAACUGAGAGAUAUGGGGGUCACUUUACACCUGCUCCUGCACUCAGAUCGCGAUGCAAUUCCAGAUGUUCCAGCUGUGUAUUUUGUGAUGCCUACAGAGGAGAAUGUGGAUAGAAUCUGUCAGGAUCUCAGGACCCAGUUGUAUGAGUCCUAUUACUUUAACUUCAUCUCUGCAAUCUCUCGAAGUAAACUGGAGGAUAUAGCAAGUGCAGCACUUACUGCUAACACAGUGGCUCAAGUGUCAAAGGUCUUUGAUCAGUAUCUGAAUUUCAUAACAUUGGAGGAUGACAUGUUUGUGCUUUGCAACCAAAACAAAGAGCUUGUAUCUUACAGAGCGUUGAAUAGACCUGACAUUACUGACACAGAGAUGGAAACCAUAAUGGAUACCAUAGUUGACAGCCUCUUCUGCUUCUUUGUUACAUUAGGUGCUGUGCCCAUUAUAAGAUGUGUAAGAGGCAAUGCUGCAGAGAUGGUGGCAGUGAAACUGGAUAAGAAGCUACGUGAAAAUCUGCGAGAUGCCAGGAAUAGCCUGUUCACUGGAGAUAAUCUUGGAGCUGGGCAAUUUAGCUUCCAGAGGCCUUUAUUAGUUCUUGUGGACAGGAACAUAGACCUUGCAACCACUCUUCACCACACGUGGACUUACCAAGCACUGGUCCAUGAUGUUUUGGAUUUUCACCUUAACAGAGUCGAUCUACAAGAGACCCAAGCAACAGAAAGUAGUCCUUCUGGAGCCCGGCCAAAGAAAAAGAACAUAAAAUCCUACGAUUUAACAGUGGCUGAUAGGUUCUGGCAAAAACACAAAGGCAGCCCCUUUCCUGAAGUUGCUGAAUCAGUGCAGCAAGAGCUGGAAUCUUACCGCAAUCAAGAAGAUGAAGUUAAAAGACUAAAAACUAUAAUGGGAUUGGAAGGAGAAGAUGAAGGUGCAAUCAGCAUGUUGUCUGACAAUACAGCUAAGCUAACAUCUGCUGUCAGCUCGCUCCCUGAACUCCUGGAGAAGAAAAGACUCAUCGACCUGCACACUAAUGUAGCCACUGCCGUGCUGGAACAUAUCAAGGCUCGGAAGUUGGAUAUAUAUUUUGAAUAUGAAGAGAAGUUGAUGAGCAAGUCGUCUUUGGACAAAUCCCUCCUGGACAUAAUCUCUGACCCAGAUGCUGGAACUCCAGAAGACAAGAUGCGGUUGUUCUUGAUCUAUUACAUCACGUCUGCACAGCCUCCAUCAGAGACUGACGUGGAUCAGUAUAAGAAGGCACUUGAGGAUGCAGGAUGCAACCUGGCACCUUUAAAUUACAUUAAACAGUGGAAAGCAUUUGCAAAAAUGGCAUCAGCACCGGCUAGUUAUGGGCUUUCUGCAACUAAAUCCAAAGGGCUGCUCUCCAGAGUCAUGAAUACGGGGUCACAGUUUGUUAUGGAGGGGGUGAAAAACUUGGUUUUAAAGCAGCAGAAUCUACCAGUCACCCGAGUCCUUGAUUGCCUAAUGGAGGUGAAAUCCAACCCGGAAACUGAUGACUACAGAUACUUUGAUCCCAAGAUGUUACGUGGAAAUGACAGUUCUGUACCAAGGAACAAGAACCCCUUUCAAGAGGCCAUUGUGUUUGUUGUCGGAGGAGGAAACUAUAUUGAAUAUCAGAAUUUAGUAGACUAUAUAAAGACCAAACAAGGAAAGCACGUUCUUUAUGGCUGUACAGAACUUUUUAAUGCAUCGCAAUUUGUUAAACAGUUGUCUCAGCUUGGGCAGAAGUAACAGAUGACAUGGCCCCUGAUCAUGUUCCGCUUGUCUCCAGGGUGUGAUUUGACCAUACACGGACUAUAAGACCCAGCCUAUACUUGCACCGUUCCAUGAAUACUUCUACUGGCAGAGCCUUGCACUAAUGCCUGCAAGUCUGACAGAAAAGUAACUCAUUUCUGCUGAGUCAGAGAUAAAACUGUGUUGGCUCCACUAACUCCUUGAUGAAAACUCCCAUAUUUAACUUUGCUGGAGGAUCGCCAGCCCCAGUAACAUUGGCAUUACCAUUCUCUAUGUACAAAGAGGUUAUUUCCAAAUAAAAACAAGAUAUUGUUUAAUUUUA